AUGGCGGCGCAAAUCCCUAUCAAGGACGACCCGGCCGCCAAUGAGAAGGCCAUGGCAGGCGUCCGCGCCGACAAGCUGCGAGAGGUGCGCGCCGGCCAUGAUGGCACGUGGGUCGCCCACCCGGCCCUGGCCGCCAUCGCAAGCGAUAUCUUCAACCAGCACAUGCCCACCCCCAACCAGCUCUUUGUCCGCCGCGAGGACGUGACCAUCGGCGCCAACGACCUCCUCAACAUGAACGUCCCCGGAAAGAUCACCGAGGAGGGCAUUCGCAAGAACCUCAACAUCGGCCUGGGAUACAUGGAGGCGGAGGACGCUGCUACCGCUGAGGUCUCGCGCAGUCAGCUCUGGCAAUGGGUGCGCCACGGCGUGACAACGGCAGAGGGCAAGCGCGUCGACAAGAGCUACGCCCUCAAGCUGCUAAAGGAGCAGGCCCAGGAGCUCGCCUCCAAGGCCCCCAAAGGAAACAAGUACCAGCUCGCCGCGCAGUACUUUGCGGGCCAGGUUACAGGAGAGGAUUAUGCCGAUUUCUUGACUUCGUUGCUUUAUGAUGAGAUCACGUCGCAGGAGGCCCCCAAGCCAGCUUCUAAGCUUUGA